GUGUAGUCGAAAUAACCGAUCAAUUAAAGAGGGUGCCGGAGCCACGAGCGCGUCCCCAAAGGUCGCCCGGCUUCGACGCCAUGAUUCCAAUCCGUCGAAAACCCCAUCUGCUUCUUCUGAGAGAGAUCAAACCCUCGUUGGCCGGAAGAAACCCUUCUCUCGAUCGCCCUCUCCGAUCCCAUCUCCUCCUCUUCUUCUAUAGCUCGGAGACCCUCCAAGAUGCCGGUGACGAUCUCGCUCGGGAGAUCUUCGAUGUCCUCCGCCACACCGCCAACUGGAAGCCCACCAUGGCCGCCUCCGGGAUUCCCCGCCGGCUGACCCCGACGGCGGUUUUCGACGUCCUCCGCCGCAGCAAGGUGCUCGAUCCCAAACGCCUCCUGGAUUUCUUCUACUGGUCAGGAUCCCAAAUGGCUGCUCCUCAAAAUUUGAAUUCUUUCUCAA